AUGAGCCCUUGCUCUGCGCCUCAGGCACAGCAGAUAUUCCUCAGUCCUGGUGGGAGUGUUGGAGGCUCCGCAGCAACCUGUCGACUGUCGAACACGUGUGACACUACCACCUGUGUUGAUAUACUAUCUGUGUGUGUGUGUCUGUGUGUGUGUGUGUGUGUGGGUGGGUGGGUGGGUGUGGGUGGGAGCAGUGCCUCAGACCAAACACUUCAGCAGGAUGACUCAACCCUAUCGCCUGAACUUCUCGUGGCAACACGGUGCCCUCAAGCCAUGAACGAGCUCGCCCCACUCCUGCUGUUCCUGCUGCUGACGCCUGGCCAUGCUGGCGCCGCUCGGCCCAACGGAUGCCUCGCUGACACUUCUAUCUCGAACACUGGUCUGGUGGCGGACGUCACCAACGAAGAUUCAAGAACGACAGCAGUCAAUAUAACCCGGUACGUGCACAUCAAACAAGGCUUCCAGGGCGUCACUCUCGAGGUGGAGACGCUUCAACAUGACGUGAAUUAUCGCCAAGAGACCUUGCAGUUCCAAUUGCCGGCUAGGUGCUUUCAGUGCGAGGCAAGGUGGUGGGGGGUGUGGGUGAAGGCGAAGUUGCUGGAACCUGAAAGAGGCAUAGGGGUCUUCUUCUAUAGUGAACUUGAACUGCAGGUGAGAACUGGCGAGUGUAUUUUGCCAUGUCGCAUUGCUGAUAAAUACAGAGGCAUUCGCAGGCUCCAAGUCUCUGGUCACGGCCCCUCGGAGUGGAGAAAUGACCAACCAGAGGAAGGCUGCGGCACCGUCAAGAAGUGGAAGGAAGGACCAUCCCAAGACAUCCGUUUUUGCAUGGAUGUGUCAUCCUUGGACGCUAACACCCCAAAGCCUGACACCAGCAAGAAAGGAAAGCAAUCCAAUCGUGCCCGCACACCCACUCCCGCGUCCACAUCCUCUGCCAAAUCCACAUGCUCUGCCAAACCCACAACCUCUGCCAAACCCACAUCCAUUGAAACGCCCACUCCCACUGAAACGCCCACACCAACCGCCACGCCCACACCCCGUGCUACCAAAAUAAAAAAAGCCAUUCUUAUUUAAAGAAGCGCCUGUGAAAUAUUUGGUGGCGGUGGCGAUGGGGACAGGUGUGGUGGUGGUGGUGGUAGUAGUGGUGGUGGUGUUGAAGAGGCGGAGGCGGCGUGAUGAGGAGACAACUGAUGAUGUAACAAUGAGACCACAGAACACUGAUGAGCCAACACGCCCAGAAAACGUCUCGAUCAACAACAGCCUGUAUGAACCUGUAGGCAGGCGAGGAUCCAAGAACAGCCUGUAUGAACCCCUAGACAGCCAGGCACCCACCAUCAGACAGCAGGAGCCUCUAGAUAGCCAGGCACCCACUAGCAGACAGCAGGAGCCUCUAGAUAGCCAGGCACCCACUAGCAGACAGCAGGAGCCUCUAGAUAGCCAGGCACCCACUAGCAGACAGCAGGAGCCUCUAGAUAGCCAGGCACCCACCAACAGACAGCAGGAGCUUCUGGACAGCCUGGCACCCACCAACAGACAGCAGGAGCCUCUGGACAGCCAGGCACCCACCAACAGACAGCAGGAGCCUCUGGACAGCCAGGCACCCACCAACAGACAGGGACAGACAAGGAUCCGAAAACAGUCUGUAUGAAGCUUUUGAAAACACUCGACCUCCCACAUUGAGUGACUGAUUGACCGGUUGUCUGAUAUUUUGAUUGAUUGACUGGCUGAAGGAUCCUCAGUGUAAUAUCAGUUUUUGUAAACCAAAGUAUAUUUAUGUACUUUCCAUAACACCAUUGUAAAUAUGAUGCUGUUAAGAGUGUUAUUGUUGUGUGUGUGUGUGUGUGUGUGUGUGUGUGUGUGUGUGCGAGCACCUCAGCAACGGAAAUGCAUUAAAUUCUGAACACACACACACACACACACACACACACAUAAAAGCUAUCAUUUACAUCCCUAAUCAUAAGUUAUUCUUUAAUAUUUCAUACUGAUGAUUCUGGCACUGGGGAAUAACCAGUUUUAGCAGUAAGAUGUUAAUCUCAUAUAUUGUACUUUAAUCUCAAGUAUAAUCCCUGUGAACAGUCCUUUCAAGGUGGGACACUCUUUUUCUGCUCUCUUUAGUGUAUUCCUUCAGUAUUAAGUCUUCUGGGAAUAGAUAAAUUCAAAGGAGAUCUGAAGAGUUAAGACUGAGGAUUUAAGACUGAAGGAAGAUUCAGAACACAGUGCAAGUGAGUGUACCAGAUUACAGGACCCUCUGACCAUGAUUGUGGUAUUGUACUUGUAUAUUCUCAUCCCUUUCAGUACCAGAGACCCUUUCCAGGCUCCAUAAACACCCCUUGCAUUAGCCAGGAAAAAGAAGAAAUUGAGGCAUAAUGAUGUAGCAAAGGAUGCGUAUCAUGUAUCAUAUAACAUGGGUUUUCAAGAGUGCUUUUACGGUUUUAGUGACUGGUUAACAAGAUUUCUACAUUAUUAGCAGGAGAAACACUCGUGAGAAAUCGGCAAAUCAUUCCUGAAGCCUCUGAGAACAGUGUUGGUGAGAGGGCAAAGCGUUUCAGAAUACGGGCCAGGGCUGCAUCCUCAUACACUGGUAACCUGCCCGUCCGAACCCGUCUGUGUAUUGGGCUUCAGGAAAACUUAUCACUUCUAAUAACAUAAGGGCAGUAUUUAUCAUUUUAUUAGCUGAAACUCAAACCUGCUAUAACGGUAUUUGUCAUUGCUGUAUGUAUAUAUAUUACUAAUAGGAAUACUGAUUAUUAUUAUUAUCAUUAUUAUCAUUAUUAUUAUUGUCAUGCAUGCAGGGAUUCAGACAGGUAGGUUGCAAGAGUACGAUAAUGUAGCCUUCAGAUCUCUUGGCCACGACCGUAGUGAUGAGUUUUAAUACCUUCGCUACGACCAGUAUCAUCUUAGGUUUUAUCCAGUUUUGUAAUGGCAUCAGGGAUAGAAUUCAACCCAUCUCGUGGUACUGAAAGGGUUAGAUUCCAUGACAUGACCCUGCCACCCAAGCUUACGUAACUUUACAGAAUCACGAUGAGGGAAAUCUUCAGUCAUGUGCAAUGUGUCCCUUAAUUUGUGGCUCAGUCCUCCUCUCAGUGCUACACUACAGGGUGACCCAAACGUCUGGACAUAUAGGGAAAAAUGUAUUUCUUAUUCAUUUUUAUCAUGUAAUUUCUGCCUGUAUAAACACUCCUUGCAUCCACUCAGUAGUACCAAGUCAAUUUGUUCUUUUUUUCGACGAACCCAUAUUCGAUCUGAAAAAAAAGAAUGUGAUAUUACUGAUGUGUCCAGCUUUUGGGUCAUCCAGUAUUCCGAGCAACACAAUCUUAAGGUCUUACUGGGUUGAUCUUUCCUCCUUCUACUCACCAUCUUAGAAGAACGAUCACUUUUGCGAGUUUCUGAGUCAGCGUUACAGUUUUUUGCCGGGCAAGGUUCGUCAGGGAAUGGAAAUAAAAUGAGCUUUAGGUUCGCUUUCUUAAAUGCUUCGUUCUAUUGUGACUCUCUGCAAAGGUCAGCAAGAUAUUUGUGUUAUUUUCAAUAUUUUGAUUCUUACUGUCAUGUACAAUCGUUGUUAAAUUACCACUUGAAUCGUGAAAGCCCCAAAUAUUUUCCACUACUCCCAGUUAAGUGUAAUAAAAGAGGAUUAGGAAAUGAUUAGGAAUAAGUUCUUUGGUCUUACAAGGGUGCAAUCUAAUCAUAUUGUCCUUCACUCACUAGCCUUACUUGCUCCAUUACAUAGCCCUAUCUGUGUUGCCUGAUACAAACAAUUGAAAAUAAACUGGUAACUUUCAA